UGGUAAAACUUAAGAGGUGCUUUUACAAUUACUAAUUUGAAUUUAGACUCACAGAUGGCGCCGUACAAUUUUCGAAAUUCUGCUUACCGCUCUUUAAAAAAUUAAAAUUUUAGCACCGUUGGGGUUUAAGUAUUAUUUUCAGUGGAAUUAACACCAGCCCCAAUCGAUACCACCAAUCCUCUUGAGGGCGCUCCGCUCCUGUAAACACGAUCUAAAAAUACCCCAACGUGUUAACUGAUCUGGAAAUAGCACAUUUGAGUAGUGAGAAGCCAUACACGAUGAAGGUGGACGCAGAGUUGAUGUUUGAAUGUCUAAUUUACUUGAACGUAUUUUAUUACCCCCUAUUUUUCAUAUGUGAGACAAUUUUGGUGGCCGCAAAGUGGCAAAGUGCGGUCCCUACACCCGGUAUCGAGGAAGACGCCAGUGUUAUUUUUACGGUGUUGGCUGUCGAAAUUGCGAAAAUCCUAAUUUAUCGGAAAUUUAAAGAUAGAAAACGAGAUUUAGUGACCGGAAUUGCUGUUUUUAUGACGUUUUUUACAAUCGCCGGCUGUCUUUAUACGUUUUUUCUGCAACAUUUUGUCGCAAGAUUAGAGUAUAUUUUAUGUGCGAUGAUGACCAUGUUGGCUGCGACUGAAGUGGCGUUUGGGAUCAUGCAAAUCCUGCCGUGUUUCAAAAAAGUCCAGUAUUAUUAAAUUGUUCUAAAUAUUUUAUUAAACACAAUUUUUUUUCAAAUAAAAAAUUACA